AGCCCGCUUCCGGAAGCUCCUCUCCAAAAUGCUCCAGUGCUGUGUGGAAGUGGCCGGGGCUGCGGGAGUUGGAGUCGGUCCUCGGGCCUGAGCCUCGAGGCCGCGCUCCCGGGUGUCGUUGAUGUUCGGGGCCGCCGGGCGCCCAGCGAUCGGAGCCGCCGCCGGGAAGAGCUGGCAUUUCAGUCGAACAAUGGAAGAGCUUGUUCACGAUCUUGUCUCUGCACUGGAAGAGAGUUCUGAGCAGACCCGAGGUGGGUUUGCUGAAACGGGAGAUCAUUCUCGAAAUGUGUCUUGCCCUCUGAAACGCCAGGCCAGGAAAAGGAGAGGGAGGAAGCGGAGGUCCUAUAAUGUUCAUCACCCUUGGGAGACUGGCCAUGGCUUAAGUGAAGGCUCCGAUUCUAGUUUAGAGGAACCAAGUAAGGACUAUCGAGAUAACCACAAUAGUAAGAAAGACCAUAGUGACUCUGAUGACCAAAUGUUAGUGGCGAAGCGUAGGCCGUCAUCCAACUUAAAUAACGGUGUUCGAAGUAAAAGACUUCUGUGGCAUGAGUCGGAUUUUGCUGUGGACAACCUUGGGAACAGAACUCUGCGCCGUAGGAGGAAGGUAAAGCGCAUGGCAGUGGAUCUCCCGCAGGACAUCGCCAACAAAAGGACAAUGACACAUCUGCCUGAAGGCUGCAGAGAUCAGGAGAUGGACAAUGAUAGAGCUUACCAGUAUCCAGAGUUUACCCGGAAUAAAGUUAAGAAGAGGAAGCUAAAAGUGAUUAAACAAGGACCAAAAACCCAAGAGGAAGGAGUCGUUCUGGAAAGUGAAGAAAUGAGCCAGAUCAAUAAGGACAAAAUGGAGUAUGAAGAACAGAAAGUCUCAGAUGAGCUCAUGAGCGAAAGUGACUCCAGCAGCCUCAGCAGCACUGACGCGGGCUUGUUCACCAAUGACGAGGGAAGACAAGGUGACGAUGAACAGAGCGAUUGGUUCUAUGAGAAGGAGUCAGGGGGAGCGUGUGGGAUCGCUGGAGUUGUGCCCUGGUGGGAAAAGGAAGACCCUGCAGAGCUAGACAAAGACCUCCCUGACCCAGUGUUUGAGAGCAUCCUCACUGGCUCUUUCCCCCUCAUGUCGCAUCCUGGCAGAAGAGGUUUCCAAGCUAGACUCAGUUGCCUUCGUGGAAUGCCUUCAAAGAAUAUUAAAAAAUCUGGAGGGGCUCCACCUUCAAUGCAAGAUGCUUGUUCUUCCUCGGAUGGCAGUCCAUGUGUGUCACUGAGGUUCAGGAAUGCUCGUUUCAUCAAGCAGGAGGAAAAGCAUCCCGGUGGGUGGCAUAAUUCUUAUAAUGUUAUUUUUAAUUGAUUAAUAUUUUUGGUGAUUUAAUGUUUUCUUAUUGUAUGGUUUAGUUGUCAUUUCAUCAUAUGAUGGCUAAAUUAAAUAUGAUGGAAGGUACCUGAAGUUGGCAUUACCUUACCUAAGAGUAUUGUGGUCUGGAAAAUUGAAAAUAAAGUAAGUAGGAAUGUUUGACAAGAGAGGUCACAGAUGACACGGUACACGUUGAUCCUCCUGACUGUCCCAUAUAACAGGUGCGGUGAUGUGCUUAAUAACUGCAUUAAGGAUUUUUAUACUGUCUCAGAGCAAAAAUCCGUGCUUUUUCCUGAAUUACAGAAAUGCUUUAGGUUUGUACCGUGACUGCCCUUUAGGUCUGAAUAAGUCACUUGAAUGCCUCAGCCUAUGAACUUUGCCUCACCAAUCAUGAAUCUAGAUGAGCACUAUCUAAUUUUUGGCUCAGCUUUACCUAUUUUUGUUUUUGGUCCACUGCUUGCUUGAGCAUAGCUGGGAUUUGUAGCCCAUUUUCUAGGCUUAUUGCAGCCUCGCUGUGCUGUUUUAUAGAAGCUAUUACAUCUGAUAGACUGGCUUCAUGCUGGUGAUGAUACAUGGCUGCGCCAUCCUCGGAGCUGCCUCCCUCUAAAUUGUGAAGUGGUGAGUAGGCCGCACUGAAGAUUUCCAUACAUGUGUGUUUAACAUGGGGCGAGCACAUUAGGCCAUGGAGUGUUUUCCAGGUCCACGUUGCUCUACUCAAAAUUCUGCUGAACACAGGGCACUCCUUAAGGUUUUUUUCUCUCAACCCUGGAUUGUCCUUGUUUACAUUUUUACAUACUGUCAUGUUUUUUCCAAUAAAAUCUUUGACUUGAGCAAGAAAGGUAAGACUUUCAGUUUGUGCUGAUGUAUUCUAAUACUCUGUAUGUUUUUGCUCAUAAUGUAUGUAGCUUGCUACCUUAAAAAUUUUAACCUGCUAAGACAGUCAUCAUUAAAGGUCGUCCAUCAUUUCUUAUGGUAAGAAAUUAAUUUCAGUUAGCAUAGAUUGACACUGGAAACUCAAAGUAUACAUAGGAAAGACUCACGUUAGGAGCAAAUUCCAGCAUGUGUAGAUACAACCUAUUAAACAGGACGGCAGCAGAGGGCUUCAGUGGGUAAGUGACACCUGCACACACGCCGUGAUGGGGUGCCUGUGAAGAGAAUGAGCGUGUCACCCACACACCGUGAUGGGGUGCAUGUGACGAGAAUGAGUGUGACACCGCACACACGCUGUGAUGGGGUGCAUGUGACGAGUGUGACUCCGCACACGCCGUGAUGGGGUGCAUGUGACGAGAAUGAGUGUGACACCGCACACACGCUGUGAUGGGGUGCAUGUGACGAGUGUGACUCCGCACACACGCUGUGAUGGGGUGCAUGUGACGAGAAUGAGUGUGACACCGCACACACGCUGUGAUGGGGUGCAUGUGACAAGUGUGACUCCGCACACGCCGUGAUGGGGUGCAUGUGAAGAGAGUGACAGUGUGUCACCGCACACGUGCCGUGAUGGUGUGCCUGUGAAGAGUGUGACACCCACACGUGCCGUGAUGGGGUGCCUGUGAAGAGUAUGCAUGCCGUGAUGGGGUACAUGUGAAGGGAAUGGCAGUAGGAACUCACUGAAGUAUGGGGCGUUCUCAGUCAUUGCCCUUAUCCCUCACACACGUGUUCCGUGAAGUCACUGUACUCAUCCAGGGCAUCGGAAGCCAUUUCUCCUACAGCAAAGGCAGGUUUGGGUUGUGUGUGGGUCUUGGGUCCUCAUGUCCUCAUCAGCUGUUGACUGAAUAAUGUUGUGUGUGUGUUUAUGUUUAAAGGUAUUUACUGUGUAUUGUUGAUUCCCAAACCCGGAAUUAUGAAUAAUAGCACCAUCACCGAAGCCUGAACAAACUUCUCUAAUGUGUGUUUUCUCCAUAAGGGUCACUGUGGCCUUCUCAUGCUUAGUAACAAUGACAGACUCCACUUUCAGCUGAAUUUGGGGCCAUUGGAAGAAGUAAAAUUACCAGAAAAAGCACAAAGCUUCAGUAGAUCCAUACAAAGGAGCCAGGGCUGUAGGAAGGAGGCCUGGUUCCCCUGGUUCUCCUGGUUCCCCUGGUUCCCCUGGAGUGCUUCCUUCCUGAGGCAGCUCAGCUUUUUCAUGGCUGUGCACAUGCCCGUGAAUAUCUGCAGAAGUUCUGAAUAUUGGCUUUCAGGUUGCUAGCUGGUGAUAAUCCUUCAAAUUUGGAAUCUGCAAGGAGGAACAAGAAAUGGCUGUGUAUUUGUGGAAAGCAGAGUACAUGUCAGAUAUCCUGCAUAUCAGAUAGCUACAUUAUGAUGGAAAUCAGUAUCAAAAUUACAGUGUUAUGAAGUAGCAAUGAAAUAAUUUUAUGGUUGGGUGUCUAUGACAUGAGGAACUUUAUUAGAGGGCUGUAGCAUUAGGAAAGUUGUGAACUAGAGGCGCUGUUUUCUUUAUAGAAGUGCUGUCAGGCUUGAAUGAGGUUAAAGUAUAUAUAUAUAUAUAUAUAUAUAUAUAUAUAUAUAUAUAUAUAUAUAUGCAUGCUUAGGUCCCUCUUCAGCACACAGUAUAUAAUAGAUAGUAAUUGAUGUUGUUAUUGAAGAUAAUAAGCACUGUAGCUGAUAAUGCAACUUAAUUUUAAGCAUGAAUCCAAGUAUAGAAUUUGACCUUAAACUUCUCAUGCUUUAUAUAUAAUUUAUAUAUAAUUUGACAUUACCUUAGUAGAGUGCUUUAUUUUAUAGGGUUUAGGUUUCCUUUGUAUCUUAUUUAUGUUUGAUCUGACUUUUGUCUUUAAUAUAGUCUGAAGAUUUUUUUCUGAAUUGACUUUUAGUUAACAAAUUCUUAAGCUUCAGAAUUGAACUUCAAGCUGCAAAACCCAUUUCAUCAUGUCCCCUCCCUCUAAAUCAUUAAGCUAUUCUUUUAGACUGUUUAUGAGGUUUGAAUCCAGUCUCACUCCUAAAAAAAUAAUUGUGCCCAUGCAUAUGUGAGAUUACAAGUCUGGAGAACUUAUUCUGGAUAAGAAUUACUCAGCUUAUGGCAUGGUGGCACAUACUAGUAACCAGCACUAGAGAGGUGGAGGCUGGAGAAUCGGGAGUCAGGAUGUAGAAUUUGAGACCUUGUUUCAAAAGAGCAAAAAAAGGGAAUUACUACUGUUGUAUGAUUAGAAACUUAAUUUAUUGGUACCCUGCUAGCCAGCCUUUUAGUACCUAAUUUUAGAAGAAUUGUUACUUCCAUAGAAUGUCCUAGGGUCAUUACCCAGAAGAUAACAGCCAGAAUCUCUGACAUUUCUAGACUGUAUUCAUUAAGUACAAUUCAGAAUGAUAGAACAAUAAUGAUGACAGACCCAAGUUUUAGGAAACCGCUUUUACGACAUGAAUUCAAGGAACUUUACUAAAAGGUAGCUUUCUGUGUAGCCAGGAUGUCCUACUCUGCUUUCUUGACAGGAUCUCACUAUGUAGUCUUGGCUGUCAUGGAACUCACUGUGUAGACCAGGCUGGCUUUGAACUCACAGAGAUCUGCCUGCCUCUUCCUAGUGCUGGGAUUAAAGGUAUGUUCCACCACACCUGGCUCAGGAUGUCCUACCCCUGAAUAUUCUAAUUAAUCUGUGUUUUCUGAGCAUGAGAAAAUUUUAAGUUCUGUUUUAUUUUGUUUUGAAGUAGUAAUUCAUCAACAGGUAUAAUAUGCACUAAAGUUAUUCAUGUUGUGGUAACUGCUAAAACAUUGUGGGAAAAGACUCAUCUUAAAACACAUUAUUGGAAAAUCAUUAUUAUGGAAGACAUUGUAGUAAGAUAGAAGGCUUUGUUUAAAAUGUUUAGUUGCUUAAAGACCGGUUUUGUGUGAUUACAGGAACAUGUAAGGUACUGACGGUGUUUAUUUGUUUUGCCAAAAAACCUAAUAAUCUGAUUUAAUUGAUUUACCUAUGUCUACAUUUUCAAAUUUAAGUAUAUAAACAAAAGUCUGAGUGUUAACCCCCUUCAUAUAAAUUGUCAUGUCACACUGUUCAUACUCACAGUACCUGUGUCAUUCAGAGCAAAGGAAGGGGUCUGUUCCAGGUGUUGAGACAGUUCGUUCAGUGGCUGAACUUGGAUGACUGCUGUAGGUGCUUUCUUUAGGAAGUUUUGUUGACAGUGACCACCUUAACUGUAGUGAACUCUUCAUAUGUCCUGCUCAGUGUUUGUGCUGUAGUUUCUUAAUACUCUAGAGUAGGAAUAUUUAGGCUCUUUAUAGCCUUUUACUGAGAAGGCUCAUUUAAAAUGGAAUUGGUUUGAAUAAGGGAUUUAAAUAACCUAUUUUCUCAGACUAGUCAAAGCGAAAAGAGUUUAUGACAGAAAAUAAAUCUAAACUGACGUAAAAUAACCCAGCCUGUUUCUGCAGCAAUAUUUUGAUUAUGUGGUGACUGUUAUCCAAGCUUUUGUUAGUAGGUUUCAGCAGCUGAAUCAUUUAGUACCUUUCUUCCUGGAAAUUUUGUAUGCCUAGAGCAUUUUUGUAGACUUUGGAGAAUGUAUGUUUAGAAAGUUACAUUCUAAGUAUGUUAAUUAUAUGUUAAUUUCAUUUUCUCCUCAACAUCAGCCUGAAAUCUAGAUUUUUAUAUAUUUUAAUCAUAGAAAUUUUCGAGAUAAAAUGGUUCUGUAUUAUAGAAAAGUGCAAAUCAAUAAAAUGGUAAUAUUUCAUAGAAGAAAUGUAAUAGUGUCUGUUUACUUCAAUUUUUUUAUUUUGAUGUUACUCUAUAUUUGUAUUGCAAUAAUUUAAUAAUAGUUAAUAAUUAAAAAUGUAGAUCCCAUAACAUAUAUUCUAUAGCAUUGAAUAGGAUCAAUACUAAUACUGGUAUUCUUGGAUUAUAUUUUAUUAAAUGUGAACAUAAAUAUAUUUAAUGGUAUAUAGUCAUAUAUUCAUUUAUUCUCUUACAUUUGAAUGCUUGUUCUCUAUAUUCUUAAAACUCCUUAAAAACAUAUAUACAGAGAAUCAACCAUGAUAUUUCAGUCAUACAAGAUGUGACCACAUAUAUUUUGCUGCUCUCAUGACUUAGUAUAGGUGUGGCCUCAUACACUGGAAUUUGGGAUCUUCAAAAUGAUGGAAAUGUGCAGACUGAAACAUAAUACAAUGCUUAGUAUAUGCUAGGUACUUUCUGUAUACUGUUUAUAUAUUUAAAUUAAUGUGAUUAAUAUUCCUAUAAUGUAGGUUUGUGUUUACAUCUUAAACUGUUUUCCCUUUGGUAAACCAAAAUUCAUAUGAUUUGGAAGUUUCUUCAUAUUGCUGUCAUGUUGCUAAUAAAUACAAAUAAAUUCUCUUCCUAAA